AUGUCUAACAGCAACCCUUCCCCACAGCCCCAUGCCAUAUUCUCCAUCAACGAGCUCCUAGAGAACAUCCUUCUGCAUACAGACAUGAGAACCCUUGUGACAUCCGGUCAGCGUGUAUGCCGUGGUUGGAAUGAUACGAUCAAAUCAUCACCAAGUCUUCAAGAAUAUCUUUUCCUCAGGCCAUCCAAAUCUCAAGCAUCAUGCUCUUGUCAACGGUCUCGCAAUCCACUUCUAGAGGAUAUCCUCUGGGUCCAGUUUUUCCUUAAGCAGCAACAAAACUCAGAUUCAAAGGCCGAAGUGAGCAGGUUUCCACUGCGUGAAUCAGAUCGGCUGAGGCUGAAGGCCUACCUGCGGAAAGACGCCAGCUGGAAACAGAUGCUUCUACAACAACCCCCAACGUCAUCAAUUGGGGUCCUUGAAAUAGUCAGAAGAUCUGAUUCCGAAUUCACAAAGUUAGCUGUCAACCCAGACUCGGAGUUUCUCCGAAUGGGCCACAUUCUGAAGCUCCUGCAAGGGCGCAGCACUUUGGUACCAACACGCAACAAAUGGAUCCUAUGGAGUGGACGGUCACGCAUCAGGAUGCCGCUCAACUUCGAGCUCUGGGCACCGAAAUGGGUGUACGAGCCGGGUACAUUGCAGUCAGUUCAAGAAUGGGUUCCUGAUAAUAUCGACUGGGACAGUCUACGGCUGGAGGUCGCGUCGAUGUAUCUGAAUGAUUUCGAAUGUGAUUUGGUCAUUGUGUCUGAGCGAAGACAAAAGCUUUUCCAGGGCGAGGAUCGAGUCCAUAAGGAGAGUAAACUUGAUCGUCGGCUUGAGAAUGUAUUUGGGGAGUGUCGGGUUGAGAUUGGAAGGCGACAUAUCAACCAUUCUUGGAUCCCUAUCAAGGGAGUGGGUGUUGAUCGGAGAUGGGUUUUGAGACCAUGUUCAGCUACACCUCUUGUUCCGACUCUAAGUGCCUCGUCUGAUGUUUCUGAUUCGUCUUCUUUUUCAUCUUCGUUUUCAAUGUCUGUGUGA